UUGAUAUGAUCCUGACAUGUUGUUGAUAUGUUCAGGCAUUGUUAUGAAAAAACAAAAAGGGCAAAUUGUGAUCUCCAGAACAGAAUGAGCGACAUGGAAAGGGAGUACCAAGAGAAACUCCGUGAUUCAAAUGAUGAAUGCAGGAGACUAAAAGCUGAAUGCAAGAAUCUAAACAACAAAUGUGCUGACCUCAACCAAAGAAUGGCUGCACAGAUACAUAAAGACUUGGGAAGCAGUGGUGUUGGAUUUGAAAAUGUCUCAGACCCAUGCAAUGAAUCCAGGCUUAGAGACAUAUAUGAAACAUUGCGCCUCUAUGAAUGGCCAUCAUUGAAAAGAAAACUUGGACAAUUGGAGGAUGAAAAAAAAAAAAAACUUUAUGCUGACCUUGUUAAAAUGUGGAAGGACAUGUUUGUCAUGGCUAAUGGUCGUGUGCAAAACAGUAAGGAAGACCUAAAAAACCUAUUCCUAAGUGACCAACAACAAGAUACCAAGGAAAAGGUGCUAGAAAACCUAAACGAAGCUACCCACAGUCUUCAGGUUGCCUUUUUUCUCAGAUCUGACACAUCUUAUCAAGAUAUUGUGAGUCCAUUAAUCAAAGUGGAUGUCCCUGAAAAGAAGAUGCUGACUGGGCUGGCAGUUCGUUACUACAAACUGAUGUGCCUCAUGCUCCUCCACAAUCCACCAAUGCAGCCGGAUUGGCAGAAGGCAGAGGGACCCCUUCUACGCACCGAGGAAAUGAUGUUUCCGCCUAUAAAGAUGAAAGAAGAAGAUCCUAUGAAGCGCCUUGGCAUAUCCCAGCCAUCAAGGGGUUGUUCUACAUCUCUGAUGUAACAGAUAACAUCAGCACAUUGUGGGGCCACUAAUCGAAGAACACCGGCCUGUAGAGAAGAUGCUGACUGAUGCUGACAAGCCAGUGUACCUGAUGUUCUUGAACCAACCGCUCGUGAUUUAUUAAACUCGCUGUUAUUCUUAAUUUAUUUUACCGUUACAAAAUCCUAAUAUAGGUUUCACAUUUUUUUUUAAAUGAGGAGUGUUCCGAAGAAUUACAUUUGUUGUUUUUUGUUUUUUUUGUUCCCAAUUUGCUUAACCUAGUCAAUCAGCUAACUUUACAAUUUGCAUUAACCUAAAUGUAGGCCUAUACUUAUUCAGCUACUGUAAGUUGCUUUGUUGAAUUUCUGUCUGCAAAAUAUUGUUGAACUACGAUAUAUGUUCAAAUUAAUUGUAACUAUUUGUCGUAGGCUAUUUUCUCAUUUCCACUGGUUAAAGGCAUACGUCUCCAUUUCUGUAUGACUAAGUCAAGCUCACAGAGUAUAAUGACUUGAAUCUAAAGCCUUUUAUUAUCUCUACACAUGUAGAAUGUAAUUCAAAAGAUACACACUGACAUAGAAAGCAGCUCAUGUGACGGAGGUCAUCUUGCACCUGUUCGUCCCCCUCGGGCAUCAAACCUGCAACCUCGUCAUCUACAACAGUUCGCCAAUGGGAGACACAGGAUACCGCUGGACUAAGAGACCAGUUUCCCAGUCCGAGGGCAUCGACACUGUAUGAGGCUUUGGGAGGGAGGUUUACUAACGUUCCACGCCAACUCUGCUAGUUAGCCUCCGUUACACUCACACAUGUUCACAACUGCCUGUAGUUUGUUUUUGUCUGUUAAGCAAGUCACUUAUAUAAAUCACUUACAGACAUACAUAAAUUGGGCCAUCAGGUAAAAUGGGACGGAUAAGCAUUGGGUGUCUCAUUUCUUUUAAUUCUACAUACCAAUCACCACAAAUGUACUGAAAUUGUUGCAACAUUACUACUGUAUCUGUUUAAAGAUGGCCUCUCAACGUCAUUUGAUUAAUAUUGCUGUGUUCCCCAUUGUUAUUGAAUGUGUUACGCGUUGGUCCUGUUUUAAAAAACGUUCUGGUUGCUUUGUUUCAAGCCGUUUUUGCAAGCCAGCAAGGUGGCUUGUGGAGAAACGAGAGGGUGUUCCGUGUUUCUCGUGGAAAUGCGUCUCUGAUUGGCUCACUCUUCCAGCUCUCGUGGAAAUGCGUCUCUGAUUGGCUCAGUCCUCCUGUUCUUGGAGAGAAUGUAAUGGGAAACAGAGUCGCCACUUCCCCGGGUGGUACUGCACUAUAGGGGCGCCAACGGAGGCGUGCAUGCUCCAUUCAGGGCUGUGCUCUUUCGACAGCGACCCCUAGGCGAGCUGCAGGCACGGAGCAACCAGAGUGGGCUUGCUCUAUGGAUGAGGCUUUGUGCUGUGUGUGUACCUGAGAGUAGCAACCAGCUGAUAGCUAAGCUAAGCUAGAUUUCGGGCCACCAGACGUUGCUUGUAUUGAAAACAAGCAGAAAAAAAUUACUCGACAUGUUUUUAGAAAAAUGGGUCGACAUAAACCUUUGUGGCCAACGCCUUCUUUCGACGUGACGAAACACAGAAAGGCUUUCGUGAUUCGCUCGUUUCUCUGCAUUAUUUAUGUCAAUUGGGAAACACCGGGAAACACAGCCAGGCGAGGUGACGCACCGCUAUGAGAGCCUUGCAAGUGAGUUUAACUUGGGGUGACCGUCCGAUCUUCAAAAGGAGUGAGUAAAACUGUGUUUCAUCGGAAGUUGGCCUUUAAAGUCAUUUGAAUAGCGUAACACUUUUUUGAUGGGCAGGAGGAACCCUCAUAUGGAGAGUGACAGAAGAAAGUAAAUUUUCAGUCUUGCCAAAAUAAGAACUCGUCUAGAUAAAAUAAGGAUGAUACUUUUUUCAGAUGUGAUAAAAACUGAUAUGUGUUUAGGUUUGAAUAUGUGCCUGUACUCUGGAAAAACAUAGUUGUGGCAUUAUUGUGAUGUUUAAAUACCUAAAUAUGUCAAAAAAAAACCUCGGCCCAUUUUAGCUGAACAUGUUAAGGGAAAAUGGGCCGCUACUUUCAGGUAAUUUGGGCCUUUUUUUCUAUGGGAAUUACCAUUCAUAUUUUUUUCAAAAACAAUGUGACCAUUAUUGAAGAUGGGGGUGUCAGGGGAGCUCUUUUAAUGAAGUUGUGAUAUUUUUUGGAAACAGAUGUGUUGAAAAAGAA